CUGCGCUCACGUGCCGCCGCCCCGCUCCCGGCGCCCAUUGAGCGUGGCCAGAGGCCGGGCUGAGCCCUGCGCACCCCGGGCUCGCACCGCGCCGUGGGGGAGGCUGCCCAGCCCAGCCCGGGUCCCGGCGGCUGAAGAUGGAGCAACCGCCUCAGCCGCGCCCUGGCGCCCAGACGGUCACCACCAGCAGCAGCAGCAGCUCCUUCACCGCCAGCUUCUCCCCGGCCGGCGCCAGCACCCUCGCCUACGACAGGGAGUUCCUGCGAACCGCGCCCGGCAUCCUCAUGCUGGCCGAGAUCGUGCUAGGGCUGCUGGUAUGGACACUGAUUGCUGGAACAGAAUAUUUCCUGUAUCCUGCCUUCGGCUGGGUGAUGUUUGUGGCUGUAUUUUACUGGGUUCUUACUGUCUUCUUUUUAAUCAUCUACAUGACAAUGACCUACACUAGGAUUCCCCAGGUGCCAUGGACCACGGUGGGUCUAUGCUUUAAUGGAAGUGCCUUUAUUUUGUACCUCAUUGCUGCCAUUGUAGAUUCAUCUUCAGUUACCAACGAGCAGAAUAGCCACAAUUACAACAGCUGGGCAGCUUCUUCAUUCUUCGCCUUUGUGGUUACCUUCUGCUAUGCAGGAAAUGCCUAUUUUAGUUUUAUAUCUUGGAGAUCACGGACCUCACAGUAAAUAUUUUGUUUAAAAAAAAAAAUUUGUGGAUAUAAAAUCUCAGGAG